AUGACAGAACCCAGGGUCUAUAUAACAGCAAAAGAAGUGACCUGUCAAUUGCAGGACCGCUGGAAGUUGGUUGGCUGGGGUGUAUUCUCGCCCGGCCGUUGUGUGGCUGCGGGCACAGAGCUGUGCCUCGCGUUGGCCACCCUCAGCCGCUGCAGUCCAUCCGUGAAGCCUGCUCAUGUGUCUCCUUGCAGGCUGCGAGCGUCCCGGGUGCUGCUGGUCGGCAUGAAGGGGCUAGGAGCAGAGGUAGCGAAGAACCUCAUCUUGGCGGGGGUCAAAGGCUUGACCAUGCUAGAUCAUCAGCAGGUGUCGCAGGAGGACACGAGAGCUCAGUUUCUCGUUCCUGUGGGCUCCCUGGGCCGCAACAGAGCGGAAGCCUCUUUGGAGCGGGCUCAGAACCUCAACCCCAUGGUGGACGUGAAAGCCGACCCCGGGAACAUCGAAGACAAAGCUGAGGAGUUCUUCGCUCAGUUCGAUGCUGUCUGCCUCACGUGUUGCUCCCGCUGCGUCAUGGUGAAGGUCGAUCAGAUCUGCCACCAGAACGGCAUCAAGUUCUUCGCCGGCAUGUUCGCCGACCUGGGGGCGCACGAGUUUGUGGAAGAGAAAACCAAGGUCGCCAAAAGCAGCCAGGGGGUGGAAGACGGGCCCGACACCAAGAAAGCCAAGCUGGAUUCCACAGAGACCACCAUGGUGAAGAAGGUGCGUGGCGGGGUCCCUGCUGCCCACCGCUGAACACCCGCGUUACAGGGGACCCUCCGGCCUGUGUCC